AUGGGUAUGUGACGGUUUCUGUCGUUUGUGCAGAGUGUGAACAUAAAUGUAGCAUUAGGAAAAACAAAGAAGCCUCUAUGAUUUUGAAACUUUUUUACGAUCUUUCCUUUCUGAAAAAACAAUUCUUGUUGAUUUUGACAUUGUGGUUUGUUUAUUAUGCAGGACAUUUUAUCUUUCACAAGAAAAGUGUUCAGAAAUCUCUUCUGCGCAAAGCAAUAGUCGAUAGCAGCUGUCAUAUGUUAAUUGCAAAUAUCAGCUGGCUAAUUUUUAUUAGCUGGGAAAAGCUAACAUUCACUUCAGUGUGGGAAACAUUGCUUUGUGGUAUUCUGGCCAGUUUGAUUGAUUCAGAUCAUUUUGUGACAGCAAAAUCACUCCAAUUACGAGAUGCUGUUAAUCUCCCAUCAAGACCCUUUCUCCACAACUCCACUUUAAUAGUAUCUCUGACUGUAUUCUUCGUUAUUUCAAUGAUGUACAUCAGAUGUGUGUUAGCUGAAAGAAUAGGAUGGAUUUUUCUAAUUGCAGUGAUAUCUCACCACUUACGAGAUUCCUUGCAUCGAGGCCUUCUUUUAUGGCCCUAUGCCACCCAACAGAUAGCCUUCGUUCACGUUUUAAUAUGCACUUAUUUUUUCCCGCUCGGACUUGGUUCAUUGCUGCAUGUCCUUAAAGUUGAUUCUGUUGUCCAAGACAAGCCAGACAUUUUAAUUGUGUGAAUGAGUAUUGAAGUGUAACAUCAGAAUACAAAGACCUUUCAGUUCUUAUUUUUAGAGACAUUGUACGGAACUAAUUAAGCCUGAUUCGCCCAUUUGUCAUAGAUGGAUACUUAAGCAAGAUAAAGUAGUUAUACCAAAUUAAGUUUAUACCUCUCUUUGUCUUCUCUAAUAUGGGUAUACAGGUAUAUUUUUAUCCUAAAAUAUCAAUUUAUACAAAUCAGGUAAACACACAAAAGGACGUAGCACAGUAAAGGAAAGGGAUAAAAAAGCAAACAGACAAGAAAUGAGGAGGGGUAGAUAUGGGGGUAGACAAGAGUUUGAUCAUAAGGACUAUUCCACCGUAAUGUGUGACAUUUUUGGAUACAUAUUUUUUUCAGUUCUUUUUCAUUAGCUCAGCGUCAAAAAAU